AUUCCGAUAAUGGUUACUCGUUUGCGAAGAGGUGCUGUGAAUCUCCUCGGCACAUAACACAACUUCUCUCGGCCUCGCGCACUUGCUGCGGAGAGUGAAAGUGGAUUGUGCCGCUUACUGUGCCGGCGCGUGACAAGCAAGACUACUAGGUUUGCUCCGACAUUUGCGUCCGCUACGUCACCCGGCACUCAAUCAACCGAGAUCAACUGCCAUUGCAAUUGGGACGACACCGACUCGACAACACAAUGGCAAUGGCGCCUAGACCAAAAGUUGAUGUCAACCAACAGACAGCUGCUGAUAUGAACGCAGCUCGUUCACAAACCUCCAUUAGCGUCCAGACUGUCAGAAACUAUCUAUAUGGUGGACAGAAUGUGUGGGAUAUGCGUGAACGCCUCGAAAAGAUUCUUGUGCAAGAACCGUUAUUUGACAAACAGCACAGGGACUUUCUGGGGCGGACAGAUCAAUACAUCAGAGCUGCCGCCAUAAUGAAUAGGCUGAACGAGCUACAACGAAUGCACGGUUGGUCUAAAGAAGAAUAUUCUACAGCCACGUCGCUUCUUUCAGAAGUGAUGUCGACCUCACUACAUGACAAUGCAUUCCAGCCCGUUUUCCUCGGUCAAGGAUCUCCCGCAUUGAUGGAAAACUAUUGGGACUUGGUGUAUGAGAAGGGGAUUCAAGGGUGUUAUUUGCAAACCGAACUCGGUCACGGUACAAAUGUAGCUCGCCUAGAAACUACUUCGACGUAUAUCCCAGAAACUCAAGAGUUCGAAAUAAACUCCCCAAGUCUUACGAGCACUAAAUGGUGGAUCGGCGCUCUGGGAACAAAGUUGAUCUUGCCGGAUGGGAAGGAUAUGGGACCUCAUCUCUUCUUCGUGCAACUGCGGUCAUUAGAGGAUCACAAACCUCUCAAAGGAAUCACUGUCGGCGACAUUGGUCCAAAAGCUGCGGGAGGCAUGGCUGCGCAAGAUCAGGGCUUCGCGAGAUUUGAUCACGUACGGAUACCCAGGACGAACAUGUUCUCGAAGUUUGCUGAGGUCACAGUAGAUGGUGGCUAUAUCCAACCUCCUCACGCAAAACUCAGCUACGGAGGAGUAAUUUUCUUUAAUUGCAUGAUACCAUCGUCCGGAUGGACCAUAGCCAAAGCUGCGACUGUCGCCAUUCGUUACACGACUGUCCGGAGACAAGGCGAACCGGAUGCAAAGGGACUCGAACGUCAAGUCUUGACAUACCCUUCAACAUACUACCGCUUGUUGCCCAUCCUCUCCAGGGCAUUCGUGUUCAUUGAGCUCGGGAGGUACACGAUUAAAGCAUUGACUCAGAUGCAAGAGCAGCUCGCAAGCAGAGACACUUCCUCCCUUGCCGAAAUGCAUGCUCUCUUGUGCGGCUUAAAAGUCUUCGUUACCACAAACGGAAUCAUUGAUAUUGAGACCGCUCGGCGUUCUAUGGGUGGACAUGGGUACAGCGCAUUUGCUGGACUGGGGCGAUUAUACAUCGAGUACCUCCCUUCCGCAACGUUUGAAGGGGACAACUUCGUCUUGGACGGACAAGUAGUGCGUGCCGCUACAAAGUUAUGCAAAGCUGUGCUUUCGUCAGCCUCGGCUGUUGCCAAGCUUCCCCUUCCAUCAGCUUACCUGCGUCUCUUGUCCACAACCAGCGAAGCCCCUCCACAAGUCACCGCGUCAACUUGGCACGAUGUCCGCAGCGUUAUCCUUCUUCUAGAGUGGCGUGCUGCUCUUAUGGUAAAGAAUUUCACGCGGACGCCAGCAAGUGGAGAUGUGGAUGCGAGCAUCAAUCAGCGCUUGGCCAAAGCCGUAACGGAGGCUUUUAUUGCCGCUCAGGUCGGUGAGAUGAUCAACAAUCUCACCAAUUUACCUUCAGAGGAUGCGAGGGCUGUCGGCUGCCUUUAUAGGCUGUACUUACUAACGAGCGCUGAAAGCGCGCUCGUGGAUCUUCUUUCGGUUGGGUUGAUUCGUCACACGGGUACUGGCGACCCUACCCAGGAUCUCCGUUUAGCCAUCAAAGCCCUUUGUCUUGAAGUCCUGCCCAAUGCCAUCGGUCUAACCGAUGCUUUCGGCUUUUCAGACUGGUCCCUAGAUAGCGCAUUGGGAGUUUCCGAUGGCCGCGUUUACGAGGCAUUGUGGAAACGAGUGCAGAUGGAGCCGAUGAACAAGGAUGAAGUUACUCCCGCUUAUGCUCCUUACAUUCGACCUAUGCUACAACGCGGGCAAGCUGCGGCUCAGCAGAAGAUGAAGCUCAAAAGUAAACUCUGAAAUUGCCAAUGUCGCCGUUUACAAGAUGUACGUGUUCCUCCCUAAAUACAUGUUCACACGAGUAGUUUGUGGAUUCCAAGAUGUUCGCUACCAGAGUAGUGAUAUAAGCUUGCACGACUUGGAUCUAUAUGUUGUUUUCUUGGAUCUCUGUUAUUUUGUAAUAUAUCUUCUCAUAUACCAGUGUUUCUUUAUCUUGAAUCAUACUCCUCAUGACAACCACUCAGCCCUGCACUCAGAAAGGCUGUAUC